AUGGCGCUGGAUCACCACCCCGUUCAGAAUAGCGAGGUUUACGUCCUGAACUCUUCACACGCCCCGUCUAUGCCACCACCGUCCCCGCCAUCACUAGCUACACCAUGUGAAGAACUCUCAUCUUCUCUGACCGAUCUAUGCUCCAUCACACCUCCAGAGCCGCAGGAGUCAUGCUCAAAAUUCAAUUCGAGGCUCACAAAUGCAGUGCACGUGUUGAGUACCGAGGCUACAUCCCUCUCCCGCUUAACAAUGCUAUAUGAGACGGAUCCAAUCGCAAGACGAGGAUUCAACUCGGCCGUGGAGACAAUUACAAGAUACGGAGGUAGGAAGGGAAAGGUCCUCGUCUGUGGAGUUGGCAAAAGCGGACAUAUCGGCGUCAAACUCGUCGCUACAUUCCUAAGUCUCAAAAUCCCAGCAGUCUUCCUACAUCCCACGGAAGCACUACAUGGAGACCUAGGUGCCGUCAACGACCACGACACCAUUCUCUUCAUAUCCAACUCCGGCAAGACCGGCGAACUCCUCGCUCUCCUCCCACACUUCGACACCUCCCUCCCAACCAUCAUCAUGACUUCCCACACGCACCCCUCAAACUGCGAAAUCAUCAAGCAACGCCCCGGAACCAUCCUCCUCCCAGCACCAAUCCACAUCUCCGAAACCGAUGCAUUCGGCGUCAACGCGCCCACCAUCUCCACAACCAUGGCCCUCGCUCUUGGCGACGCCCUCGCCAUCGCCGUCUCCCGCGAACUGCACAGUAACCUAGCCAGCGUAUUCCUCAAGAACCACCCCGGCGGCGCCAUCGGCGCCGCGAUCCAAGCGCCCAAAAAGCUCUCCGACAUGGCCAUCUCCCUUAUCGACAUGCCCGAAGUCAGCAGCACGUUUACCUUCUCGCGCGUCUUGCUAUCGGCGUACCAGUCCACGACGGGGUGGGCAAGGCAGGGCAGUGAUGUGGUGGUGAGUCCGAGGCGCAUCAAGAAGCUGCGGGCGACGGAUAUGGAGGAGCCGGCCGUGUGUGUCCGGGGCUUGAUGGUGCCGCGCUGUGAAUGGAUCCCUGUGUCUGCUGACAUGGAUGUGAGCGAGGCGGUGGAGUGGAUCGAAAGGACGAGGCGGUCGUUGGGGGAUGCUAGGUUUGGGGACGAUGCUAUUCUGGUUACUAUGGAUGAGGAUGAGGUUUGUGGUGUGGUUGAGAUUGGCGAGGUGCUGAGUUCAUGA